AAAAAACUCUGUCUCACUAUUUAUAUCCCAUUUAUUAGUUCUGGCGAUGAAUAUAUAGUUGGCAGCAGAAAGAGGAUUGAAUUGGUUAUCACUGUUGUUAAUAAAGGAGAGGAUGCCUUUGAGUCGAUGCUUUAUUUAUUCAUGCCUACAGAUGUUAACUAUGUCAACAUAAACAAAACUAAAAAUAGUGACGUGAGCUGUUACGGCGCCCAACCCGACCGCACAGGUAUUAAUAACCUGGAGUGCGAUAUCGGCAACCCUUUGACCGGCGGAUCUAAAUUGGAAUUCGUGAUAAUUAUGGAGCCAUCGAAGCAGAUAUCGGCCACAUCUCCAGACUAUACGUUCAUAAUCGAAGUGAACAGUACUAAUCCGGAACGAGUCAACGAUACCGACGAUAACAGAGUUAUUCUGGGUAUUCCUCUUAGGGUUGAAGUCAAUCUCACCAUUUAUGGAGCUUCAGAGCCAGACGUGCUGUCAUUCAACGCUUCGGCGGAAACUUUUGUUACACCGAAACAAGUGUUGGAAGACAUCGGCCGAGAGAUUACCCAUUCGUAUACAUUGCAAAACAGAGGCCCCUCUCUCAUCAAGAGAGCCGAUGUGACCAUUUUGUGGCCGACACGGGAUUUAAGGGGCAAUUAUUUACUCUAUUUAGUCGAUCAGCCAAUCGUUAGGAGCAAACCCAACAAAGGCUUCUGCAAAAGCAUUACUCUCGACGACUUAAAUCCAUUAGGACUUAGAUCAAAAAUCUCAACCGACAAAUCUCGACUGCCAUACGAUUCCCUGCCCUCCACUCAGGACCACAACACACCAUAUAUACGACAAUACGAUAAUAGGAAGGAUAUUAUCAGCUCAAGACAUACAAGAGAUACGACCAACAAGUUUCAGCCACUGGCGGCCAAAAAGCAUCGGAUCAGCGAUCCGUUAACCAUAGAACAGGCAAAAUCGUGCGGCACAACUAAUUGCACAAAAAUCAUAUGCACUGUCUAUGAAUUGGAUACAAACGAUACGGUGUUAUUCACCAUCAGAUCCCGAUUCUGGAAGGAGAACAUAGAGCUCAUCAAUUUAGAGGAGUUCCAGAUCUCAUCCAAAUUAGUGGCUUUAGUGACAUCAUUGCCAUACGAUGUCGACCACAGUCUUAUACUGCCAUACGUACAGACCGUGUCCACCAAAUUCUACGUGACCGGACUCGACAAGACUGAACCCAUUCCACUCUGGAUUAUCAUAUUAGCCAUUGUUGUCGGACUCAUUAUUCUGGGCGGACUCGCUCUGGCGCUCUGGAAGCUGGGCUUCUUUAAGCGCCGGCGACCCCCAAGCGAUAGCGCCGACAGAGAGCCCCUCCAGUCCCGCAACGGCUAUCACUACAGCAAAGGCGACACUUCUUUAUAA